AUGCUGUCGCCCUGCCCUGCCCCUCCCCUCCCCGGAAACCUGCCCAAUAGUUUCAGCAUUUUAUUGUUUAUUUUCAAUUCUGCUCAUUUCCGAAGCCCUUUCGGCUCCGAUCCCGGUCUGGCGGCAAGCCAAUGCGGACGGUUGACGCGACGGGAGCCCGGCAGGGCCGGUCAAAGGCGGGGCGACCUGGAAGUGUCUGAAAAAGGAGGACGGGCGACGAGGAUGGGUUGCCGGAAGCGGAGGGCGAGGAGGAAGACAAGCUGGCCGGGAGAGAGGGAAGAGUGGGCAGGCAGGCAGGCAGGCGAGCGAGCGGGCGGGCAGGCAGGCAGGCAGGGAGGGAGGGACGGGGCGGGGCCGCGAGACGAGGGAGUGGGGGGACGGACGACAGUGAAGUGCACUGGAGUGGGGGAAGGAGGCACGCAGCGGGCGGACAAGAGAGCAGAGUUUGGUCGCCCCGGCUCGCCUCGCCUCGCCCCGCCUGGCGUCUCGUCCCCAUGCCUUUCAGCUCGUGAAGAAGAGGAGGCAAUAGGAAGAAGACGGAAGAGAGAGAGAGCAUCGACAGCAGGCCGAGGAAGAAGAGGGAGAGGAAGAGGAGGAGGAGGCGGAGCAGAGCCUCGCCCCGGCACUCGUCGUCGGAAGGACAGGCAGGCAGAAGGAAGGAAGGAAGGCAGGCAGGAAGAGAGAAGUGGCGAGGGGAGGGAGAGGAGAGGCUCGAGAGUCGACAGGCGGAGGACAGGAGGAGCAGACGGACCUCUCGCUCGACGAGAGCCGGGAGGGUCCGGGGCCGAGUCAGCGGACGAGGACGAGCAUGUAGAGCAAGAGAGUGCGACGAGAAGAGAAUUAUGGAGACGCCCGACAACAUUCGAUGACGAGGUGGAGGUGAGGAGGAGGGAGACGCCGAACGAGGCUCAGAGGGCGAGGGAGAGUGAGAGAGAAAGAGAGCCCGAGGCGGAGAGCGACGCGGGGAGAGAGCGAGAAAGAGAGGGAGAGGGAGAGGGAAAGAGAGUCUCCUGA